AGCUCUUUGAUUGGCUAAAGAGGAAAACGGACCGCCUCCGUGUUGGUCGUGUGCCAUGGAAACCAUUUGUUUGGUUGCAUUUAAUCUCGACCGAGGGGCUGAAGACCCGGGGGUUUAAGCGAAAUAUUAAGCGGAGAACAAUGUCUGUCCUGCAUCAUAGUCUCCAACGGGCUGCUGUGCCCAACCUCGAAAAUAUGGAGGUCAUGCGGAACCAUUGUGAGCUCUUCAGAGCAGGAUGCAGGAGGCUGAUCCUGGAAACCGAAAAAGCAUGUAAACGAAUGCAAAGUGAUGACACCAAGCAACUUGAUCAGCGGAUCAGAGACAUACAGUUUCUGAAGAAGGAGUUGGAGCUGAGGCUGGAGGAGAUUAAUGUGGGGAUUGAUGACCUCCUAGUGUUGCAGAGCAGAGUGGUAAAAGCACUGGAGGCCUGCAAAGAGCCUCUGAGAGUUACCAUUCUCUGCCUAGAGGAGAGAACGAAACGUUUCCCGUCUGAGAGACGUCAUGAUGAUGUGUACACAGAGCUCCUGAAAGAGAGGGAGAUUAUAGAGGGAGUGGAGGUCGUUCUGCAGCAUGUGGUAGAGCAGAUCAUUGAGCAGAUAAGAUUGCAUCGAUCGUCCAAGUACCAGCUGGAGAAAGAUCUGAAGGAGAAACUUGAGGCGCAGAGCAUUGACAACUCAUGUGCCUUAAUGACCAACCAUAACAUCGAAAUGCUGCAAAAAUCCAAACACUCACAAGCUAUCAUGCAGAGCUUGGCAGUGACUCCAGUGCAGUGGGAAAACAUCUCUGACAUCCACAUAACCACAGCCGAGCAGCAGCAGACCAACUCUCAGUCCUUACAGGCCCUGGUGAAGUCCAUCUUGACGCAGACCACCACUGACAUGCAGAGGCAGAUCCAGGCAACAAACACAGCCUUUCAGCUGAACGUCCAGGAGAUCAAAACAGCCAGGAGACAGAUGGAGGAUCAACUGGUCAGGACUCUCUCUGAGAUUGUCGGACAGCAGAGAAUCAGAGAGGAUCUUCAGGUAGCUGUCACUGAGAGCGAACAUUCUUUGGCCUUGGCGCAAAGCCGUCUGGCUCUGCGCCAUAGGAGGCCUGGCAAGGAGCAAUGCUAUGAUCCAGCACAGGCCCAGCUCCUCGCCGAGGUCUACCAGCUCCCAAUUUCUAUCAACAAGCUGCACGAGGCAGUGUCCCGGUCAGAGGAGGAGCAGAGGGCUCUGAUUCGAUGUCAGCUGGACCUGCAGGAGAACAUUGAGAAGAAAGCAAACUCUCUCUACAUCGACAAAGUCAUCUGUGCCCAGCACAGGAGCUCCAUUAUCAUACAAAACUUUUGAGCUGUCAGCAACUAUAAAAGUCUUUGUAUACAUAAUAUUUAGUCCACCUCCAUAUGUUCAAUAUGUUUGAAUCUAUUUCUCUUUCAUGUGAACUCUACAGGAUUUACAUAUUCCUCUUCUUUAUCUCAGGCCGUCAGUGAGAGGACUGCAUUAUUUAAGGUUUUUGUGCUGUGUGACAAGUUCUCACAGCGUAAUGUUUGUUUAUUGUUGAAAAUGUGUUCAUCAAGAAUGCAGUGAUGAUAGGGCAAGACAAUUAAGGAAACAAUAUUUGUCCCACCCAACCCCUCCCAAUGCCAUAGGAAGUACAUUGGAAAUGUUGAACAAUGUUUAUCUAUCCGACUAUUUUCACAAACAAAUUUAAGUGGAACAAAAAGUAGUGUUGGUUGGCUUGAAGGGGAAUUUAUUAUUCUGAGUGUGUAUUGCUUUCAUUGUGGUUUGCUUGCACUCCAUCAAAGAUAUAUUUUGUCAUAAUCUAAAUUUGACGUUGAUUAGAGAUUUUGAUUUUCUUGUUAACAACAUGUUGGUUUUGUGGUGUCUUAAAAACAGUAAAAUAACAGAGAGAAGAAUGAACUCAAACUUUUUCCAAAUCUCGGUAAUACAAGAAAGACUGCAAUGAUGCAACCUCAAGUCUUUGAAAUUAAUUAAAUUCUCUUGUUGAUGUU